AGCAAUCUAUUGGACUUUAUCUGUCCGGGUAUCUGACCCUAAGUCAUUCCUUAUAGAAAAACAAAAACUUUCAAACCGCCAACGGCCCUAAUCUUGAACCAUAUAUACGCCAUCAACCAAGCCGGAAACUAUAAAAAAAAAUCUACGGCAUAGUCUAUCGCUUCUAGUCUUUCCUUUCCAGCAAUAAUUCCAGCAUAUAAGAGUCAGACCUGCUCCGAUCAAUAAUCGCUAAGCACCGUAUUCGAUAUAUUUAUGUUAAUUAUUUGAUUUAUUUUCGGCUAUUGCCCAGGAUGCAUUAUCACCCUCACCCCAACUACAAUACGGGGUACAACUAUCCCCAGAACAGAAACGUUCAAAACCCAAACUAUUCUCACUCCCAGGCUCCCCAGGCCUCCGGAAUAACGUAUAGUGACAACCAGGCGUACCAUGUUUACUAUCCCAGCUUUCCGGGUAUGCCUUAUAUGUAUGGUUAUCAGCAACCUCGAAGCCAUCAUAUCGCCGAACGCAACAUAUUAACCGAGCCCAAGACGGAUUCGAAGCCCCGGUUAUCCAAGGAAGAGGUCGAGAGGCUUGAGAAGGUGUUCCAGGAAAACCCGAAGCCCUCGAGUUCGACCAAGGGAUCGCUUGCUGACGCACUAGGUCUAGAUCGGCCACGAAUUAAUAACUGGUUCCAAAAUCGUCGCGCAAAGGCUAAGCAGGAGCGGAAACAGGAAGAGUACGAGGCACGAAGGGCAGCGGAGAAGGCUAGCUGCGAGCCCGUAUCACCGGAUGACGGAUUGUCGAGCGGAGUAUCUGAUCAUGCGAACGAUAGUGUACGAAGGCGGGUGCAGCCUUCGUCUGCUCGGUUCCCCGAUGUCGACACUACCCAGAUCGAUAGCUCUUUCGACAACGAGAACGACGAUUCUGAAGAUGAGUCUCCUGACUCCGAUGGAUCUAACUCUCCCCAGGAGGUCCACGCCACCGAAGCAGUUUCGGAUAGUUAUCUUGGAUUCUCAGAGGUGAACGAAUUCAACAACUACCAACAUGUCCCUCAAGGCUACUCUCACUCCGAGAACGUGACCGGUUUUGCCGAUUAUGUAAGUGCGGAUGAGCGGUCGCAACAUUUCGGUCACAGCCAAUCAACUCUUGGGAGCAACAGUUUACCCUCCCCUGAGGAGCAAUGCGCGACAAAUGAGCACCAUAACAACCAGUUUUCUCCUAUGAUGGACACGAACUUCACACACAUAACGCCGCUCCUUCAGUCGCAGCCAACUUUCAGCACACCGAGAAUGAGUGGAAGCCCUAUACAAUCACCAGGUCACGGCGAGAGUCUGAACACGCCGAUUAGUGAAGGACAAACGCCUACGACAUUGAUGCCAACCCCUAAUUCUUUCAAGUCUCCUCCGCCUCCUGCCAACAUCGCAUCCCGACGAAACAUUCCACGACCCGCAACUCUCCAAACUGCCUCGCUAAGGAGUCGGUCUUACGGUUGUUAUGGCGGUAUGCCUAAGACUGCAUUAGACGGACCUAAGCGAAUGGAUCCUUCAAGUCCUAUGGCCAGCAUACGACGAAUCGCUUCUAGUACGGGCAUGCACGGCAGAAUUCAAAAACAAAUCUCCGGUCCUCGGUCGCCUAUGGUUUACAAUGCUGAGGCAUUGUUGGCCUAUCAAUCUCGUUCUCCGGCUAAUUCCAUGGCGCCAGCAUUCUCGGGAGCGGCACCUCCCACGCCAAUGACGCCAGCUGUUAUCGACCAACAAGGCAUCCGGGAGCCAAUCGUGACAUCGGCGUGCUCUGAGGAUACUUCAUUCUUACUGGGCGCUAACCUUCCCACUAACAUAAUGGAGUUUAAGUCUGAGUCUAACCUUAAGACGCCACCCAGCACUCCAGGAGGCUUAUUAAACCACUACGGCAACACUAACAGUUACUCUAACAACCCGUACGCAGCUCGAGUAGACUUUCAGCCUGACCAGCCGAUCAUGACGCCUUUCUUCACCACCGAGUUUACCGAUAUGCCUCUACACAGUGUACCCAGCUACGCUGACAUGAGCGAUGGAAGCCUUCCUACGACGCCUCUCUACCCGAUGAACUCUAUCCCGGAGCAAAACACGUUCGGUCAAAGCACGAUGGCGAACACCCAAUUCGACUGGGAUACGAACGAGGCCGUCAGCUCAUCGAGGUCAUCGCCUAACCAGCAAAAGUCAAAGCAGAUUCAGUUCACCCAGAACAUGACACCUCAAGACUACAACCCCCACACGGACAAACAACAAUAAACCAACCGUCUUCACCCGCCAUCUGCGGGUCUAUUGUUGAUAUCUCGAAAUAGCCAGGUGAUGAUCAUUCAUACCUUCGGAACCUGCCGUCAAGGUCAGGCUCCGUGUACCAAUAUUGCACGUUAUUUACUAUCGAAUUUUGGCAUUUGCAUUCAGUAAUGUAAUGAACACGGCUAAUGCGUUGGGUCU